AGCGCGCCCGUGAUAAACCGGCGAGAGGUCAGGCAGCGGCUGAGAGAGCGGAGACCCACUCAGCGUGUCGGUGGCGAGGAGAGAGCACGGAGACGGCAGUACGGAACCGGCCGGGAGCGACAGCAACGCACUUCGGUAGCCAUGGCGACGGAGACCGCAGUCGGGCCGGAGGUGCCCGUGACCAGGGAGCUGAUGGAGGAGGUAUGGCGCUAUCAGACGGCCAGGACGGUGCUGGAGUGGCCCGUCGUCACGAACGCCACCAACAGCGUGCUCGACGCCUACGCGACGAUCAAGAAGGACGGCGACGUGGCGCGCGUCGUGCUCGGCGCCUGUGAGGACCUGACCGGCGUCUACUGCCGCCUGGUGGCGCUGCCGAUCGCACGCACCGCCCUCGUGCGCACGCCGCUGGGGCUGGCCGACCGUGUCGGGAGCACCGCCGUCCACCUGGUGGAGAAGGCCAUGCCGCAGCUGAAGAAUAGGGAGGACCCGGUACAGCUGAACCGCGAUCUCCUGCUGAGUGUGCUGCUGCUGCCGCUCACCAUCUCUCUGGUCCUCGCACACCAAACUCUGGAAGGCAUCGCCAGCGUCCUGGUCACCACCUUCCCGUCUCUUCAGGUGGCAGCUGAAGGUUUUGAGCAGAGGUGCCUGGCGGGUCAGUGGUUCACGCUGCUGCUGAUGACGACGCUGUUCCUGCCGCUGCAGCUGCUCUCUCACCCGGUGCAGACGGUACGCCAGCUGGUGGCUCUGCCUGUCCAGGCCGCGACAGCUGUCAUCAGCUGGGUGCGCGAAACGGUCGCUCUUCUGAUCAGCACGGCUUCUGAUUGGGUCAGCUGGCUCCAGUCCACCGUGUCAGACUGGGCCAGCUGGCUGGCAGCCACGGCGUCCGAAUGGGUCGGCAGAGUCGCAGCCAAGGUGUAUGAAUGGGUCGGCGGUGUCGCAGCCACGGCUCGCCACUACGUCAUCAGGGCGCUGGCCCUCGUCGCAGCCCUGGUCGAGACGAUGUACUACGCUGUGUUCGAGGCAACCGGACUGAUGAAGGUGCUGCAGCAGGCGUGGGAGUGGGUGCGUCAGUUUCUACAGCAGCGUCGGGACGGCGCCCAGCAGCUGCUGCACUCGGCGGCCGACACAGCGCCCGUCAAGGGCCUGGUAAGACGCAUGCGGACAUCGUCGCCAACUCUGAGCUCGCGCUGGUUCGGUACGUGCGCGAGCUCUGGUGCGGCUCCGAGCAGCCCGAGGGCGCCCCCAGCGUCGCGCGGCGGAGCCGGUCCGGCCGCCGGCGCCACCUGGCUCCGUGGGCUGCUGAGGCCGGCGCCGCGCGCCGCAGCGGCUCCUCGUGAGGUCGACCCGUGGACCCCGACGCGCAUCGUCAGCGCCCUGCUGCUCACGCUGCUGCCGGUCGCGCUCGCCGUGAUCCUGCUCAGUCUGAAGUGAGCGGGCUCGGAGGAUUGUACGCUGUAUCUCCGUCGCUCACCGCGCUCCUGCUCAGUCUGAAGUGAGCGGGCUCGGAGGAUUGUACGCUGUAUCUCCGUCGCUCACCGCGCUCCUGCUCAGUCUGAAGUGAGCGGGCUCGGAGGAUUGUGCGCUGUAUCUCGUCGCUGGCCGUGCUCCGAUUCAGUCUGAAGUGAGCCACCCCGGGGGUCACGCCGCGUUGCUCCUGGCCUGGCUGCCCCCCCCCCCCCCUCCCGUCACUGAGGACUUGGCGGCCGCCGGAGGAUCGUCCUCCCGCUGCAGCUGUUCGCUCUACUCGAGCUGAUGUGGCCGACCACCGACGGCUCUACUGAUCGCGCUCCUCAUGCGCCUGAAGCUGAGAACUAUUGCCUCUGCCAGUUGACCGUCCCGUUGGCCGGGACGGCUCGACUUUGGCAACGUGGGGCCCAACGUUGUCCGGCACACGAUCGCCGGCGCGCGGCGGUCAGCCCGACGGCGGAGAGCGCGGAGCAGUCGCGCCACCUGCCGACGGUGGCGCCACCGUCGCCCGGACCCCUCCCUCCACUGGCCGGACGCUGGUGCGUCCGAUCGCUUAGCUGGAGGGUGGUGGUCCAUGCUGCCCGAAGGCGCUAUGGGACGCCUAGCUGUGUAAGCCGCUGAAAUCCCUGGCAUUGUUCAGUGCGGUGUUAAUGCAUGUUUCUGUUGGCGCAUGGUUCGAUGUGAUGAGGCAUUCGCACGACUUGUCCAUGCAGCCGUGCCUGCACUGUGGCCCGGUGUUAUUCAACGUGGGAAGUGUAUUAUACCUGGGAUGACAGUUGCCAAAUAAAUGACGCCUCGUGAUCCUCGCGUCGCGUUAAUUGGUUUAAUGGCAUUUUUAGGGG